AUACAUAAGCGUUCUCAUUUCCCCAAAUGCUACGACGUCGCUCGCGCUUUCAUCGAUCUGCGCCGUAACCGUUCCAACCCUCGUCGAUCCAUGGCUUCCCCCUCUCUCUCCUCCCCGAACGCCUUUUCCGGCGGAGACGGAACCGCUCCCCUCGCGCCCCAGCCGGAGUCCCAAAACGGGGCCCUGCAGGGUGCCGACGUGGUCCCUGCCGCCUCCGAGGUAGCGGCGGCAGGAGGCGGGGGAGCUGCUCCUCCUAGCGCCGGGGAAGACGCGGAGUGCGGAUUCCAAAGGCCGGAUUUUGGGAAGAAUCUACUGGUGGGGACGGUCCAGCCCUACGAUCGCCACCUGUUCCUCUGCUACAAGUCGCCUGAGGUCUGGCCUCCGAAUGUUGAGGGGUCGGACUCCGACCGCUUGCCGAGGCUACUAGCGGCGGAGAUCAAAGCUUCUAAGUCUUCGAUCAGUAAGAAGACUCGUCUCACUAUAUCUCAAGGAGAAGAUGGCACUGAUUUCUCAAAUGGCGAUGUGUUGAUCUUUCCAGAUAUGAUAAGAUACAGGCAAUUGACACAUUUUGACGUUGAACCUUUUGUGGAUGAAGUGCUUAAGAAAAACUCCGAGUGGAAUCCUAAACCACCUGAGCCACUUUCAGGUUCAUAUAUCUUUGUAUGUGCUCAUGGUAGUCGAGAUCGCAGGUGUGGUGUUUGCGGUCCUGUUCUGAUUAAACGAUUCAAGGAAGAGAUCUCAUCACGAGGUCUACAGGGUGAAGUAUUUGUUAGUCCUUGCUCUCACAUUGGUGGUCAUAAGUAUGCUGGAAAUGUUAUCAUAUUUAGCCCAACUGUCAGUGAAGCAGUAUCCGGUCAUUGGUAUGGUUAUGUGACUCCUGAGGAUGUACCUACAUUGCUGGAGCAACACAUUGGAAAAGGAAAAAUUAUAGAGCAUCUUUGGAGGGGACAAAUGGGUUUAUCUGAGGAUGAACAGAAAGCCGCUCUGAAUCUUCUCAAAGUCCAGCCUGAUGUGGGAUCAGAUGAAAACAAUAAUAAAGAGUUCAUCAAUGCCUCUGUUAAUGGCGGCACUAAUGCUGCAACACCUGUUGAGAGUUGUUGUCAAGGGAAUCCAAAUUCUACUUGCUGCCAAGUUACACCAAAGGAAAAACCCAUAGUGAGCAAAACUGAAGAUGAAAGUGCUCAAGAGAUUGAGCAGGAGAGCAGCAACAAAUACCGUGAUGCUAGCAACAACCAAGGUCCACGCACCAGGAAGCUCUACAAGUUGCCUACCUGGUUUGAGAGCUGGGAACGAGAAGAUGCAUAUGCCGCACUUGCUGUGGUCACAGCCAUUGCUUCUGUCGCAGUCGCUUAUAGCUACUACAGGCAGCCUAGAUAAGAGUAGUUUAUGAUGCCUUGCAAUUAACCUACUGCUAUUUGUUCCGUUUGUGCUUUUGUUUGAGGCCGUAGUAUAUGUGUGCCUUCGACAUAGAAAUAAUAUGUUGGUACUUUAGCUUGAGCUUUUGAAUACUAUGAAUCCAAAUGCAACGAGUAACUGGCCAGGGAUGUUAGCUUUUGAAUAGUA